AUGGAUGUAAACAUCAAUUCUGGUGCACAACUAAACACAAAAACCCCUGAGCAGAUGAAAGUAAUACCACCCAAGAUUUCGAAUACUAAGUCCAUUAUGGUGGAGGUCAAAAAUCCAGACAUCACUGUGAACUUAUCUGAUAUGGACACGAAUGUCAAUACAGAUGAAGAACCAAUUGCUACUCUUUUCUCAUCUCAAUCAACUGAACCUGAGAAUGGCAUUCAUGAACCUAAAGUAGAUGAUGAUGGUGUUAUGGUGUCUAAAACAAAAUAUUCUCUUGAGAUCCAUGUUAACGAGCUUCAAGCCUUGAUGGAUAAAGAUAUUAAAAAGUUAGAUGAAAGCUACAACUUGUUGCAUAAAAAGGUUGAUGUUGUAGAAAAUGCAACAACUUGCCUGAUAGAAGAUAUUACUGCCUUCAAUAAAGACUAUUCGACAGAUCUCAAAGUUAAGAUUGAGAAGGAUGACAAAGUGUUUGAGAAAAUGGAGGAGUUUAUGUCUAAUUUUAAAGAAACUUUAUCGAAAGUUCAUCUAAGGAAACUGGUGAAGAUACAAGAGAAGUUGCGGGGAAAGUUACGUUUACACAAAUUCCAACAAUAA